AUGACGGGGUGUGCCAAGCGCUGCAAACAGGGACUUGUCAAGUUUGCCCUGUCCCUGCACAAUCUGGUCACCGGGACUCUCAUUAAAGAUAAGGCGGACGAUGACUUGGAGAUGACCAUGGUGUGCCAUCGACCGGAGGGUCUAGACCAGCUAGAAGCUCAAACCAACUUCAGCAAAAGAGAGCUCCAAGUGCUUUACAGGGGCUUCAAGAAUGAGUGUCCAAGUGGCAUUGUAAAUGAGGAAACCUUCAAGCAAAUAUACUCCCAGUUCUUCCCACAUGGAGAUGCCAGCACCUACGCACACUACCUGUUCAACGCGUUUGACUCUGCACACACUGGCUCUAUAAAGUUUGAGGACUUUGUAACAGCUCUGUCCAUCCUGCUGAGGGGCUCUGUCACUGAGAAGCUCCAGUGGACAUUUAACCUCUAUGAUAUCAACAGAGACGGAUACAUCAACAAAGAGGAGAUGACAGACAUUGUGAGAGCGAUAUACGACAUGAUGGGGAAGUACACUUACCCUGUCUUGAAAACUGAUGCACCCAAACAGCAUGUGGAUGCCUUCUUUCAGAAAAUGGACAAAAACAGAGACGGUGUGGUCACUCUCGAUGAAUUCAUCCUUUCUUGUCAAGAGGAUGAAAACAUCAUGAGGUCUCUACAGCUUUUUGAAAACGUCAUCUAGACAACGAAAAAGAGGGAGACAGUGCAAUAGACGAAAGCACAGAGCGAGAGAAAAGAACAAAGAAGACAGAAGAGGGAGAAGGAGAGAUGAACAUGCACGGGAAAAGGAACAGCAUAGCUUGCAGCUGAAUCGAAACAAAGAGCUUGUCACUAUGUGUGUGACGUUUGCCAGAAAACUUCAUGGGAGGCGUCUUGCUGUAACAAAUCCAUGGCGACAAACCAUCACUGGUUUUUGGAAAAUGUCCCUCAGACUUAAACCCUUUGUUUGACCUUUCCGUGACCAUUCAUCUUGUCUCCAUCUCUCUCGUUUGUUGCUGUCGUUACCGUUACUGUCACGUUGUAUGGCGUGUAUUUCAUGUCAUUGUGUAAAUAAUGAUUCUAUCACGUUUGGCCAAAUCCUUCUCUGAAAUAAGUAAACUGAACCACCACCUGGAAUUCCUAAAAACAGCUUAGCAGUGAGAUCUGCCAAAUGCAUUAGGGGCUUAAAUAAUAGCUGUUUUCAUUAUGUCAACGAACAACGUGAGCAGUAUUGUGAAGCAUGGAAGACAGAGGCCAACGGCAUAUUUAAUAUAUAUGUGCCAUUUAAAAAAAAAACCAACUUGCUGGCAACAUAGUCAUCUUCUCGCUAAGUGGUUACAGUUAGGAAGCCGGGUCUGGGUGUAGCAUCUCACAGAGCCACCUCAGCUGUUUUCAGACAUCUUCAAAAUUCAGACACAGGCCUGCAAAGGUUUGCACAGCUGAGUGUGAUCAGAGCCAGCUUGCGACAGUCUUACGUCUUGUGACAGCUUGCGACGGUCCCCAAAAGCCCUCGUUACUCCUACUGUGUGUGUUCCAGUGGUCAGUGUUUCAAUGUUGUAACGACUCGACUGUAGAUAUUUAACUGUUGUAUUUGUGGCUUCUUCUCACUGUCCGGAAUCAUUCGUGUCUGUCUGUGUGUUUCCAAUUCUGACUAACUGUCUUGUCUUUCUGUCAAGUUGGAGAGAACUGUAAUUAUUCUACCUGGGAUUCAUUGUUAAAUAGGGUCCACUUAGAGGUUUACUGGUGUGCAAAUGUGGACUGAUACAGGGAUGUGCAUGCAUCUAAGUGUGUGUGUGGUGUCCUGAUAUAAAGUUUUUUUUUUGCCUGAAUAUUAAAGUUUCAUUAAUUAUAGCAUGUAGCUUCAUCUUGUGGACACUACAAUCAGUCCAGCUGAACUGACAGGGUUUCGGCCACAGAGGAAAGUUUUGCCGUUAAUAUUGUCUGUUGAAAAUGUCGACUCAAGAGUGACCAACCUUUCACUGUGAGGGAGAGACAGACAGAAGAGGGAUGAUGGAGGAAGGAACAGAGGAGGACAAAGAUGAGGGAAUAAGACGGAAGAUGAGAGUAAAGACCUUUUCACUGAUUCUGAAGGAAUGGAAGCCAUGUUUCAAACAAGAGCCAUCGUUUUGAAGAUUGAGCUGGACAAAAAUACAGAUUUAUAAACGAUUUGCUGUCAUGCCCACUCACUGUGCUACCAAUAGUGUAAUAAAAAUCCUUGCUGAGAUGUGUUGUAGGUCAUCUCAAAUGUACCCAGGCAUACUUCCAGACAGACUGACGAACAGGAAGACAAAC